UUUUUUUUUUUCUUCCUUUUUUUUUUUAUAACUUUAACGAGGAUGACCAAGACAUCAUCAAGCACUUCAACUUCUAUUUCUUCAUUACCAACUAACCAGCAAUACAUUGAUGACGAAAAAUUCAAAAAGAUAAAAAGAAAAUUAAAAGAAACUAUGGAGCUGAAUGAUACAUUAUCAAAAAAUUUUAUUCGUGCAAAGAAAAAGAUUCGUACUUUAACAUUUGAAAGAAAUUUCCUAUUAGACAGUAUUGCACGUAUGAGCCAUUAUCCUUCUUCCGAUGAAUUCUGCUUUACAAGUGCUUCUGAUACAGACAAUAGUGAAAGUGAAGUAACUCCUUUCACAACAGCAAUGACAUCUUUAACCAAUAGUAAUAAAUCAAUAACCACAAGAGUUCCACGGCGCGUGACAUCCAGUACAAAUGAUCAACAGCAAAAAGUAACUACCGUUGCUUCUGCUCCACCUAAACGAUCAAAGAUCAAUCGCAUUAAUUUAAAGACAAGAAGAGUUCAGCCUAUUGAUAGAGAUGAGGAUGGUAAUCCUAUUUUGCCACAACAAAUUGGCGUCUUGACUGUGAUUAGUUUGGGCACAAUUGUAACUGAUCGAGAUACAUUUCAUAAUGAAAGAUAUAUUUUCCCAGUAGGGUAUACAGUAAGAAGAACAUAUCCUAGUAUGAUUGAUCCAAAUAGUAAUACUGUUAUCACUUCAACUAUCAUUGAUGGAGGCGAUGGUCCUCGUUUUCACGUUGUUGCUGCUGAUCAACAAGAUCAACCUAUCAUUGCUAAUUCUGCAACUGGUGCUUGGACUGUAGUUGUACGUAAAUCAAAUGAAAUCCGUCAUCGAGAACAUUCUAAUUCUGCAAGUGGACCUGAUUAUUAUGGAUUUAAACAUCCCACAAUUGCUAAAAUGAUUCAAGAUUUACCAGGUACAAAGGAUCUUAAGAAUUAUUUAUGGCAAAAUUUUGAGGAAAUGGAACCCAGAGCUGCUAAAGGUGUUAUGGCAGCUGCAGAAAAGAAAAGAGAUAAUUUAGAACAAAUGGGUAAUGCUAACCGUAAAAUAUCGAAUUCUAAUAAUAAUAUCAGCUAUCCUACUUCUGAUACUAUCGCUCUAAAAGAAGAAUCAACAAACCAGGAAAGUAAUGAUGAUGAUCAUAGUUACAGUAUAGAUAGUCACCAUCAUCAUAUGAAGAAUACAAACCAGGAUAUUCAGCCCAUUCAUACGACUACAAUCAAUAUAAAUAGUGAUACAUCACCUUACAAUAUGAUCAUUGACUCUGAAGAAGAAAUUGAUGAAUUAGGUGCAAGUGAUAAUGAACAAUAAUAAUAUUCGCAUUAUUCUAUAUUUCAUAUUGUUAUAUAAACUACACUACACUUAUUACUGAUAUCUAUUACCCAUUCAUACACACAUUUUAUUAUUACUAUCAUUACUAUUAUAAUCAUCUUAAUCUUCCUUUUACUUUAUUUCGCUUCAUAAAUAAAUAAUAACUCUGCUU